UAAUUAUAACCCCAAUAUGCAUGUAUUUGUAUUAUUAAGUUCGCUAACCCAAGAUUUACAAUCGUGGGCAGCAAUAAUUCAAGUGAAAUGUGGCAUUCAGUGAUUGAUCUUUGGAGUCUUCCUAUAAUAGCAUAAACCCACAACAUUGAGCUCCAACCUCAUGUUUCUUGCCAAAAACCAUAUAUUCCAGUGAUGAUGAUGAUGUAAAACUUGGAAGAGAUCUUGCCGUGUUUGAGAAAAAUGACAGACGAAACGAUACUUGCUCGGAGUUUCAGCCGAAGCGAUCAGAGGAAAUUGCAGUAUGGUGCGGUUUUCGUUUGCCUGCUCAUUGCAUUGAGCAUUUCAACUGCACUCAAGCCUUACAUGGGCCCUCUGGCUUCUUUGAAUUUGAGAUUGUCCACGGGAGAUGGCCUCAAAAUGCUCGUAGUCAAGGAGAGCAGCUACGGACAGAAACAUGAAGCUGCUGCUACAGCUAAAGAAAAUGUGACAAAGGAAGUAGAACAGCUAUGCGCCAUCGAUCCAAGAUCAGAUUACUGUGCCAUCAAUGGUGACCUGAGAAUCCAUGCCAAUUCAUCUACAGUCUUUGCAGCUACGAUCCCCGGGAUGGCAACUUUUGGAAAUGGUUCUCGGGCCAUACGACCCUAUGCACGUAAAGGAGACAUGACGGCGAUGAGCAACGUGAGGGAAUGGACCAUUAUACCCCCAACUGAUCCUCGAAGUAUCCCUCAGUGUACCCGGAAUCAUAGUGUUCCAGGCAUGCUCUUUUCCACCGGAGGGUACUCCGGGAACAACUUCCAUGACUUCAGCGACAUUAUCGUUCCACUGUUCUUGACGUCGAGGCAAUUCAGUGGACAAGUCCAGUUCCUUGUGACCAACUACAACUCCUGGUGGGUUCGGAAAUUUCAUGUGAUUUUGGAGAGUCUGUCUCGAUACAGGUUGAUCGACAUCGAUAAGGAAGAAGCGCAAGUUCACUGCUUCACGGAACUCAUUGUCGGCCUGAAACAUCACAAGGAACUUAUCAUCGAUCCCUUGAGGUCCCCGUACUCAAUGAAGGACUUCAGGGAGUUUUUGAGAAACGCCUACUCGCUCAAAAGAUCAACCGCGAUCAAAAUAAGUGACAGAAAACGUAACAAAAGGCCUCGGCUCCUAAUCGUGUCGAGGAAGAGAACACGCGCUUUCCUAAAUGGGGCAGAAAUUGCCCAACUGGCAGAGACCUUAGGAUACGAAGUGAUCAUGGCUGAGGCGGUGUCGAACACGAGCAGGAACGCCGAGAUCGUGAACUCGUGUGACGUGAUGAUGGGAGUCCAUGGGGCCGGUCUCACCAACUUCCUCUUCUUGCCCCAAAAACCGGUCCUGAUACAAGUGGUGCCCUUGGGAGGGAUGGAGGGGCACUCCAAGAUCUGCUUCGGGGAUCCCGCGAGAAGCAUGAACAUGAGCUACUUGGAGUACAGGAUCACGGAGAGGGAAAGCUCGCUCAUGCGCGAGUACCCACCCGGUCAUAUCGUAUUGAAGGACCCGGCCGCCUUUCAUAGGAGCAGAUGGAGUGUUUUCAAGUCGGUGUACUUGGAGAAACAGAAUGUGGAGCUUGACUUGAACAGGUUCAGAGGCACAUUACUGAAGGCCUUGGAGCUCUUGCAAGCUUGAUUAGGUAAAUUUCUUGGAUCAAACAAAUUAGAAUGUAGUGUACAAUGUUGUUCAUUGUGUGAUUUUAAAUUUGUUGAGGAAAAAUUUAAGUAUUCUACAGAAUCUGCAUCGAAUAUGUUUUCUCGGAGAUGUUAAUUUACGACGAUUCAAUAAAAUACUUCGAUGAGGUAUAUCCUUCU